GUCGACAGCUUUUCUUCCUUCGCGACACUUCGACAACUAACCGGGUUCAAGUCGACAAAGCAGCCAAGAUGCCUCGCGGACCUAAGAAGCACCAGAAGCGCCUUAGCGCGCCCUCGCACUGGCUCCUGGACAAGAUGUCCGGGACCUAUGCCCCCAAGGCCUCUCCCGGUCCUCACAAGCUCCGGGACUGCCUGCCCCUGAUCGUCUUCAUUCGCAACCGUCUGAAGUACGCUCUCAACGGCCGCGAGGUCAAGUCCAUCAUGAUGCAGCGUCUGGUCAAGGUUGACGGCAAGGUCCGCACCGACGUCACCUUCCCCGCUGGCUUCAUGGAUGUCAUCGGUCUCGAGAAGACCGGCGAGAACUUCCGUCUCAUCUACGACACCAAGGGCCGCUUCACCGUGCACCGCAUCCAGGCCGAGGAGGCUGAGUACAAGCUCUGCAAGGUCAAGCGUGUGCAGCUCGGCAAGGGCGGGAUCCCAUUCUUGGUUACGCACGAUGCGAGAACCAUCCGCUACCCCGACCCCGCCAUCAAGGUCAACGACACCGUGAAGGUUGAGCUCGCCACUGGCAAGAUCUCCGACUUCGUUCACUUCGAUACCGGCGUUGUCUGCAUGGUCACUGGUGGUCGUAACAUGGGUCGUGUUGGUGUUGUCACCCACCGUGAGCGUCACGAUGGUGGUUUCAACAUCGUCCACGUCAAGGAUGCCAUUGACAACACCUUCGCUACCCGCGAGUCCAACGUGUUCGUCAUCGGCCAGGAGCGUCCCUGGAUCUCUCUCCCCAAGGGCAAGGGUGUCAAGCUCUCCAUUGCUGAGGAGCGUGACCGCCGCCGUGCCCACGCCAUCGCCAACUAAGCGCUAGGUAGGUGCUGGUGACAAGAAAAAUCAAGCUUCGAACAAAAAACCAAGUCCGCUGGGGUGGAGACGCCGUCUUGCCUUGCUUUGUGGGCUCGUAUGAUACCGGUAUGAACGUUUUACGAUGCGUUAUCUAGUAAACCAAGAAACGUGUUACAUUGAACAUGGCAGACCUUAUGGUUUGCAUUCACUGUUCGUAGGACCAGGAUAGCAAGCAACAGACCCAGCGUCUCUCUUCAUUGGACAUUUGAUAC